UCAGGAGAAUGGGAGGUGGUCCGGCUCUCCUCCCACCUGCCAACCUAACCCUUGUUUGGCUUAUGAGCUGGACAUUAAAAACGGAGACUACUAUAUUAUCAGCACCCCCAAUAGUGACAACAUGGACCCCUCCAUGCUGCCUACCCCGGAGCCUAUGAAGAGGGACUCCUACCCUCUACAUACGUUGAUAUAUUAUGAAUGUAAAGAUGGGUACGAGUUAGUGGGCAGACAAGAAACGGUUUGUAUGGAGGAUGGUUCCUGGUCAGACUCCCCACCACGGUGCUCCAGAGAGACCUGCGAGGCACCCACCCAACCUGAUAACGGGACAGUGUCUUAUAACAGCAGCUCCCUCAAGGAGGGUGGGGUAGCUUCCUACAGUUGUGAUAGCUGUUACAGUCUGGAGGGUUACAGAGACCUGACGUGUUAUGAUGGGGAGUGGUUGCCACAGCAACCCCCCACUUGUAGGGAGAAUGUGUGCUACCCUCCUGGUGAGGAGCCAAACAGUUACAUUAUCGGAUAUGACUCUACAAAGGCAACAUACUCGUGUGGUGAUACAGUAGAGUACGCCUGUGAGGAGCUGCACAACCUACACGGGGCAAGGAUCAGGACCUGUGACGAGGAGGGGAGAUGGUCAGGGUCCGCUCCUGUGUGUGCGGACAUUCAGUGUCCGUCAAUAGAUACUCCAGAGAACGGGGGUAUGAGACAGGCUAUCGGGUCUAACUACCUAGAGUUCUCGUGCAACAAAGGUUACCAACAAAGUGGGGAUAGUUACUUGCAGUGUGUUAAGGGACAGUGGCAGGGCGUGGAGCCAACUUGUAGUAAACAAGUCUGCGGGGAUCCUGGUGUACCUGACUGGGGAAUGAGAGAGGGCGACAGUUUCGAGUACCAAGACGCUGUGAGUUACAAGUGCCAGGAGGGCUAUCAGAUGAGGGGGGCUAAGACCAUCACGUGUACUCACAAGGGAGAGUGGGACUAUGCACCUCCCUACUGUGUUUGUGACGAAUGCCCCCGGUUAAAUCAACCUACUAACGGGUACAUAGUCUCUACGGACUCCAACUCGUACGAAUCAUUUGUAGAGUACGUGUGUUACCCUGGUUACGAGGUGGUGGGUGAAGCUACUAGGCACUGUCUUGCUUCAGGGGUCUGGAGUGGAGACGAGCCUCUUUGUAAACGACUGAACUGCACGGAGAACUUCAGAGUACCCGAGGGAGGCCGGAUCCACUCGAGCACUGGUCAUAGUUUCCAGGAUAUUGUAGAGGUGAAGUGUCCUAAUCUGAAAGGAGGGUGGAUCACAAAGUGUCAAGAAGACGGACUCUGGUCAGGUGACCUACCGGAGAGAUGUGACUGCCGGAAGGAAGUCCGGAAGAUCCCAGUAAAGCGGCAGAUAAAGAAACCAGCCUCAUGUAUCCUGGGUACUUGUACACCGGAGACUGUGUGGUCUGUAACAGUGUACGAGGAUAGGGAGUACUCCGUGUGCGACUGAGAGUGUCACAGUGUCACAGUGUCACAGUGUCACAGUGUGAGAGUGUCACAGUGUUACAGUGUCACAGUGUCACAGUGUCACAGUGUCACAGUGUCACAGUGUCACAGUGUCACAGUGUCACAUGUCAGGGACAUGAUAUACUUGCUCCUCAAUUUGAAAUGAUAGAUUUUCAAAUCAUAGUGACUUGAAUCAUAAAUCAUAAAUCUACCUUUGUUAAACUUUGAUGUAAUUCUAAUUUUAUGUUUGACAAUAUACAAGAGCUGAAUGACAAAUUAAUAGUGCGAAAAACUGAAAAUAAAAACAGUAAAAAAUUAUUUUAGAUUCUUUACAUGAGGAUGAUUGUUCAAUGUUUCAUUUUGUAAUUAAUAAAUUGUCGAUUUGCGUUAAAUCAAAUUAAUUGAAUCAUGUAAUAAAUUAAUCAACUUUUAAGUUUAUUUCAUUUAA